AUGGGAGGCCAUGGGGGCUUGAAUAUCCUACCCCAAAAAAAGUGGAAUGUUUAUAGGAAAGAUGUUCAGUAUAAAGUUAAUUAUGAUGAAAAUAAAAUUAUAAAAGAAGAAGAAAAAAAAGAGAGAAAAAAGAAUGAACUUGCAUUUGAAAAAACAAUUAGUCAUCUAAAAAACAACAUACAUAUACAUUAUAAUAAUGAAAAGAAGGGAACUACAACUGAAUACAAUGAACAUAUUAAUUUAUUUAUGCAAGAAGAAAAAGAAAUAAAUAGAAGAAAUAAAAUGCAUGAAGAAUAUUUAAUAAAAAAAUGUCACUAUAUAUAUAACGAUGAGAAUUUUAAUGGAGGAAAUUGUAUCUAUGAUAAAAAAAAUAAUGCGAAAAUUAUUUCAGACUUUGAUAAAAUCAAAAUUAGUCAAAGCGAGUGGUUUUUAAAUAAAGAAAACUUCAUUUUUUUAAAAAAGAGCGAAACAAAUGAGUUAAAAAAUGAUCAAACAAAUAGACAAACAAAGUGUCAAACUGUGGGUCCGUUUACGAGCAGUUCCCACGAUAAACAUUCUGACAAAUUCAAGCAAAAAAAAGGCUCCUCAGAAAGUAAAGAACAUGAAUAUAAUGACGCGAAAACAUUAAAACAUAGAAAUGACAAAAGAGAAAAAGAAAAAACAAAGAAAUAUGACCAUAUCAGAACACUUAUAAAAUAUAAAAAGGAUAAAAAGAAGAGGAAAAGAGAAAGAAAGAGAAAGAAAGAGAAAGAAAGAGAAAGAAAGAGAAAGAAAAAGGGAGAAAAAAUAAAAACGUGA